AAAAAUUUGACAUCUGACAGAAAGCGUACUAUGCUAGCGUCAUUUGCGUAAAUGGUCGUUUAUUUUCAUUCCAAUUUGACUUGUUUGGUGAUUUGUGCCACUGCAGUUUGAAUGUGAGGGUAAUUUGUGAUGUGUGUGUGCGUUUUAAAUAAAAUGCUGGAGGAAACGACCAUACGUGAAAUAUUAAACAAGACGCAACACACCACUAGUGGUCAUCAAGCACAUAUCAUACGGUUAACGGAGCUGUAUAAAAAUACGCCCCACGAGUUUGUUCCUCUAUUUUUGAAAUGGCUGCAAUUUACCAUUCAGAGACCUUCAAACAUCUUCGUUACACGAGUCUUGACUUUUCUGUCUGGCUUUUGCGCCGAAAUUACCAAAAUUGAAACAAAAGAGAGCGGAACUAAUCACUUCUUAACCACGAUAAUGAGCCAAGUACUUAAGUGCAGUUGUUUGGACGAUUACAAUUUAAGAUACAACUCUUGCUACUUUAUUUCAAGAGUCCUGCAGGAUAUUGGCGGAGAUGUCCAACUAGAAGUGGAACUGAUUGAUGAAAUUCAGGACGCGUUACUUGAACGGAUGCAGGAAAACAAUGUACUCAUUCGUUUAUCAACAAUGUCAGCUUUGAUCAGGCUGCAAGACCCUGGAAACCCCGAAUGUCCCGUAGUUGAAGCCUUUUCGGAUGCUUUAUGCAGUGGCAGUGUAAACGUGCGGAAAGAAGCAGUCACUCAUAUCGCACCAACUCGGCAGACUGUAGACAAAUUAAAAGAUAGAGUUAGAGAUGUCGAUCCACAUGUGCGCCAAACUGCCUUCCGCCGAUGUGGCGAGAUAGGGGCGCCCUAUUUUCGAAUCGUGGAUAGACACAUGAUUUUAACGUGCGGAUUUAAAGAAACACAUCCAACUGUGAAAAAUGUGUUUCAUAAUUCUUUGUUACCAAAAUGGUUAAAUGACUAUAACAGUAACUAUGUGCGGUUUAUUGGCGCUUUAAAACUCACUGCGGACGAAGAAGAUGUGAAUAACCUGAUUGAUUUGAGCAAAAAAUUGAUGGAGGAAUUUUACAAUAAACAUUCGAUUCACGAUCUUUUGGCACAGUUGCCAAUCAAUGCAGAUAAACUGAUUAACACUGAAGACCUAUCAAAUGAAGUCACUCUCUACUGGAAUAUUUUAGUUGAGCUUUUGCGCGACUCUAAAAAUAUGGAUGAACACCUGGAGAGUAUCAUCCCAAACUUAUCUCCCUUUUGUGACUACAUUGGAAGAGUAAUUUCUACAAAAUCUGCUGAGCAAACGGACGAAUGGAAAAACCUGGAGUACCAGUUUGACCUGUUAAAUUUGUUCGAGAUUGCGGAAAAUUACGAUUACUCCGAUGAGGUCGGCAGACGCACGAUGCACUCGCUCACAAACAAACUGUUACAAAGCCACAGAUUUACGCCAAAAUUAACGAAAAAACUGGUUUCGCUCGCGCACAAGUGCAGCAGCAACGUUGAGUUUUUCAUAAAUGAUAUGUGCCAAGUCAUUUCUGAAAUAAGAGAACCGUUAACCGAACAACCUUUGUCGCAGGACCAACAGAGGGAACAUGCAUUUCAAGCCGCGAGAUUGAGGGUGCGAAUCAACAUCUUGCAUGAAGAACAGAACGAAGCAAUUGAGAAACGUGACUAUGAAAAGGCCCAAUUUCUCGAGAACGAGUUAACCAAGUGCAAGAACCAAUUGGAAGAGAUGCAGAAUCAAAUUAAUGUCGAAAAAGCUCGAGUUGUUAAGUCAGAUCCGGACACGUUGUGUCGCUGUUUGGAUAUUCUGGCGAGCGUUCUUUCAUUGGAUGCAGUAACUAAACUGACGCCGUCAUUGGUUGCGUGUAAGGAGAAUUUUUUGGAACCGUUGAUUAAAAACCCAAAUCCGGACAUACAUUGGCGGAUUAUCAAGUGUUUGGGGCUGUUUUCGUUCGUCGAUAAGCAAACGGCUGAUGUGUACGCUAAAAUUGUUUCUAUUCCUAUCGCUACUUAUCGUUCGGUUGAAAUACGUAACAUUGCUGCACUGGUUCAGUCAAUGAUGGCAACAACCGAUUUAGUGACCAAGUACGGUAUCGAAAUUAUAAGUGGUGAAGACUUGUCAGAUUCUGCGUCAACUUCUGAUCAAGAUUCCCAAAAACGAAAGCUUUAUUUAGCCGACAACGACAAGCAAGUAUCUUGCAAAAUCGACAAAAUAACACUUCCAUAUCUUCUUGAAAUAUUUUUGGACUUUUUGGAUGAUGAGAGUGAUGAAAUUCGGUACCAAGCCGUUCAAUUAUUAGCGAUUCUGGUUCAAAGAUUUCCGUUAACUCCAAAUGUGCUUUCUAGGAUUUUGCUUAAGUGGUUUAAUCCAUUAACGGGGAAAUUCGAUAGUCGUUUGCAAAUUGCUUUGAGCUGGAUAAUUAACGAGCUGAAUGGGAACAAACAGUUUGAUGAAAUUGUGAAAGAGUCAAUUGUGCCGACACUAACCACCAUAAUUAAGGCACCAAGGACUAGUCCUUUGGUGGACAUUGAUACCGAUAACGUUAUAAAGUUUUUCGCCGAAAUAAUGAACACCACUGUGUCGAAAAGCAUUCGUAAAAAUUUAGCGAUAGAUGUGUGCAUAAAAAUAGCGGAAAACCGGAAAGACCGCAUCGUUCCACUUCUUAUAAAGUUGUUGAAUCUUUUAGAACUGAGUCAAGAGGAGGAUUUGGAAGAAGUUAUACAACGAACUGAAGCUCUUUUAGAGGCCCUGGAAGAUAAAGUAUUACAGAGGCUUCUAAGAAAAUUUAUUGAUAAAUACCAAAAAUUGAACAAUGAGAAUAAUAACGGAAAUGAAAUACAAGAACCAAACGCUUCACGAGAAAUUUCACCCACUAGUGAAGACAACAAUCCAGAAGUGUCCCGAAUUACAAGACAAAAAAAGCGUGUCAGCAAAGAGUGUAGGGUUCUUUUAGAAAAGUUAAAUUUGUCAACUCCAGCUAAUGAAACAACUCUCCACACAAUUUAUGAGGCGAGUAUGGAGAUGGAGGUGGACAACUCUUUAAACAUUGAAACUCCGACAACAUCUUCAAAAAGUUCGAGUGGCCGAAGCAGUACUCUAGUGGUUUCUGCAACGUCCGAGUCCGAUGAUCGUGAAGUCGUCCGAAGGCAGUCAACGAGACGUAGAAAAAGGAGAAAAAUAUAAAUGAUUUUGUACAUACAUAUUUUCUAGUUGAUUAAGUUUUGCAGUUUCAAGCUGUAAAGAACAUUGGAGUACUCUGUCGUCUUAACCUUCAGCUUUACUUUACUCCAAGUCAGAUUAAAAAAAAGAUGAGAGGGUAUAAGUAAUUUUGUAUAUUUAUAUUUACUCCUAUUACGAGUGUACAUGUUUUCUAGAAUAAUUAUUAAAUUUAUUACCAACGUA